CAACCACACAUGCAAUGACUCCCAUGUUAAACAAGACACGUUCAUUUUUCACAAACCAUACAAAACAAACACUCUUGUGUCAAUAUGCAUUACCACACACCAAUUUUCCACGUACCCACCAUUCUCUAUUCAAUCCUUCCCACACAUAUAUUUCUAACACCCCUUCUCUUCUUCUCCACUAACACAAUUCAUACCAAUUUGCUUCUUCUUGACAACAUUUAUUAAACAAUUAAAACUACAAUACUAUGACAAACUAUCAAGAACAACAACAAAAACAAGAGAAAGAUCAAGAAGUUUUAUGCUCAAUGGAUAAGUCCCUCAAAAACCCUAAUAUUGAUCUACCAUUAUUACCAUUAUCUUCUUCACAAGAUUUUGAGACAUCACGUCAUCAACAUAACAUUAUGCAUAGUGCAAAUGAGACACAUGAAGUGCAAGGGAUCAUAACCAAGAAUGAGAAUCAUGAAGGAAUUAAAAUGCUUGAAAACCCUGAGCAGCUGAACACCCUCAAAGACGGUCCUGGCAACUCAGAUAUUUGUUCGCCAUACAUCUCAUACACCCUCAAAGACGAUCCUGUUAACAACCAAGUUUCAUUUUCUCCCAUAGUGGUGGGAGAAGAAGACAAGACCAAACUGCUACCAUCAUCACAACAAGAAGCGCCAAUGGUGGAGGAGAGUGGAAGAGAAAGGCUAAAAAGGCAUCGAGAAAACAUGGCGGGUCGGGUUUGGAUCCCAGACAUAUGGGGACAUGAAGAUUUGCUUAAAGACUGGAUAGAUUGCACCGUGUUUGAUUCUUCUUUAGGAAACAAGACCAUUUUGUCAGCUCGAGCAGCCUUGGUUCAAGAAGGAAGAUCAACCCUAAGGAUACAUAACCAAUGCUAGCUAAUUAAUUUUCAAAUUAAACUACCUACUAGUUCUUCAAGCUAGUAUUCUUCCUAAUCUAUAUACAUAUAUAUUUAUUUAUAUUCUACUAUAUAUGGUUCAAUAUAUUAGUAAUUUAAUCAGGUUAUUGGGUUUACUUAAUUAAUUAAGUGCUUAAUUGAACCAUGUCUAGCUAGCUAGUAUGAUAUACUCGUAUCAUUAGCAAUCCAGUUUUAGCUUGUGUAUUGUACGUCUAGCUAUAGUACAUUAUUUUAUUAUC